AUGGCGAGGUGCAAAUCUAUGCUGAGGGCGGAGGCAGCUGCCUUCGUGCCUCGCAUGCAGCGUCCUAAAGAUGGUGUAGAGAUUCAUCCGGCCGAGAAGGAGAACUUAAAUCUGGUUCCCCAGGAGGCGGAUAGAGAGGAAGUAAUGGAGAAAGAAGUUUCAGUGAUUGUUGAUUCUGAGGCCACUGAUGACAUGGAAGAUAUGGACGAAGCGGUCACAUCUCUCACAUCCCUCGACCUUGUGCCAGACGAGUCUCUUCGCUCCAACGGGCCAUCGGAAGAGCAGGCCUUGGCAGCUCGCACGAUUCAGUAUGCAUAUCGAUAUCACGUUUGGCGACGUUCAGGCUCUGCUGUAGAUGCACAACUCCAUGCGAUAUCCACGACAUGCCUCAUGGAGAUGCAGUCCUCUAAAUGGCGUCCAAGUUAUUAUCGCAUUGUGCUAACUCAUGCUGCCAAAAUAAAGACGAAAGACCCUUUCAACACCGAGUCUCAUGAAAAGCUUGAGGAGUUGGGCAGGCCGAGAAGCGAGAUCACGUCAGUUGCUCCUAAAAAAGGCAUGCAAUUGCGCGGUAAGCUAGAGCCUUCUUCACCAGAUCAUCAUACCCGGGACAUCGACGCUCUCAAAUGCGCGAAAAUUCCCGGCAGCACGAUGGAUAUGCAAACUAAGUUCCAGAUGGCUUAUAAGGGAAUCGUUGCAGAGAAGAAACUAUUUCACGUGCGAAAUGAGAGACCUGUUCUCAACGUCGAGGACCUAGAUCCCAUUGUUUGAAUAGUAGUCGUUCUUUCUUUAUUAUCUCCAACUUGCAAAUAGGA